AGUGCGUGCUGACGGAGGCAGGUGAUCCGACCGCAUCGCCUCCCUCCAGCAUCCUUCUCCGCCGGGCGCGCGACUGGGUGCGGUCCGCUCUCCUCUCUGCCGCAGCCGCAACCAGCGGGGCCGUCCUUGCGCCGCUGCCGUCGGAUGGCGAUGGCCGGAGCCCGGAGGCGCGCGGCUCUUUCUGAAGCCUGACUCGGUGUCUGCAAGCAGUUGAGCCGGAGAGAGAAAGACAGGCAGACAGACAGAGCGAAAGAAAAGAGGUGGGGCUGCAAGGCCGGAUCUCUCCCCCCGCCAUCCAUCACCCAACCGUCCCCUCUCUCAGCCAUGAGGCUCCGAAGGACCCCCCUUUCUCCUCUUCCUCGGGUGGGCGAUGCCCUUUGAAAGCAAGCGGGUCUCCAACCUCCCUCUUGGGGCUUGCCGGCACCCUCUGCUUUGGAUAUUGGCAAAUCGGAUAUAGGACAAUUUCCUCCCCAUCCCUGAUCUUUCUCUUGGGAUCUCCGGACUCUUCAACCCCGUCAAAGGGAGAGGCUCCGAAUUUGUUUGGCCCUCUUUUCUGAAGGACUCCAGAUUUUUAUUAUUCUUAAUUGCUGGGUGUUGGUUUGUCUUACUUAAGGUUCUGCCUCUGAUCAAGCUUGGGUGCUUUUGCCAGCCGCACGUUGAUUUUUUUGUGCAAAAUCACGCCUGCAACGUAAGGGAGAGAGAGAGAGAGUUGGGUCGCCACUGUACUGGUGGCUCCCAUUGUCUCUCUGUGUGUGUAUCUGUCUAUAUCUGGGGAGGGGGAGGGAGGUGAGCAGGUGUUCCCCAAACGUGGAGGGAGGAGUGGAACUGGACCAGGCUGCCAAGAUGGCCUGGCCUUGCAUCAGCCGGGCCUGCUGCAUCGCUCGCUUCUGGAACCAGCUGGACAAAGCCGACAUCGCCGUGCCUUUGGUUUUCACCAAAUACUCGGAAGCCACCGAGAUCCCGGGGACCCAUGUUGUGGUGCAGCAGCAGCAGCACCUGCCACGCCCAUCCUCGGCCAUCGAGACCCAGCCCUCUGCCCUUGGCGGGGGUGACCUGGAUGCGGUUGCCAGGGCGACCUCUGCAGCUGUGGACCACGCGGCCCCGGGAGGCCAUCACAAGCCCGGGCAGCAGCCGAAAGACCCGUCGGCCGACUCGGUGAUGCGCCAGGACUACAAGGCUUGGAAGGUGCAGAGACCUGAGCCCAGCUGCAAGCCGAAGAGCGAGUACCAGCCGUCGGACACGCCCUUCGAGAAGGAGAGCCAGUACCAGAAGGAUUUCCGUGCUUGGCCCAUCCCCAAGAGAGGCGACCAUCCCUGGAUCCCCAAACCUAUGCCCAUUCCUGCGGUGGAUCUGGACAAAGGCUCCAAGGAGCGGCCCGGGAGCCUGGAGAGGAGAAGGAAGACCCACGUGGCUCCAGAGAAGGAGGAGAGAGGGAAGGAAGAGGAGGCCAACCCCACCAGGCCUGAAGAAGGGAGGGUCAAGAAGACCAAGAAGAAGGUUCUUGUAUCUGAGGGCGACCCGAUACAGCAGCAACAGCAGGUGGCGGCCGGGUACUCCACGUCGCUUGACACCAGCAAAGGACGGGCAGCCGUGGAUGCUCUCAACCGGCAGAUCAAGGAGGAAGUCACAGCCCGGGUGAGCACCUCCUCCUACAGAAAUGAAUUCCAACCCUGGACAGACGUCAAGCCGGUGAAAGCCAUCAAGGUCAAGCCCCAGUACAAGUUUCCGGAGGGGAAGAUGAACCACAAAACGAGUUACAGCACCCAGUUCACUGUUGAAGGGGCAAAGCCCGGCCCUUCGGAUAACAAAUUCCUCGAGCAUCGGAGGAUACGGAGCCUGUACAGCGAGCCCUACAAGGAAAUCACAAAGGUGGAGAAGCCGAGCCCUCAGCCUUCUAAGCCAAAAAAGACGACCACAAGCCAUAAACCCCUGAAAAAGGCCAAAGAUAAGCAGAUGGUUUCGAGCCGGUCGUCUAAGAAAAAGAGCGCCGAGGGGCCCAGCGCAACAAACGCCGAGGAAAAGGAGAAGAGUAAAGAGAUGAACAAUAAAUUGGCCGAGGCGAAAGAUGCCUCCAUUAAAACAACUGGUGCUACAGACAAGGAACCCAUUUCCUUAGGACGGGACCAACUGGUCGACGUUAAGCCCCUGCCUUCCAUUCCUGAGUAAGCAGACGGGACAAGCAUGUAGCCUGCAUGAAACGUGUAAAAGACUUAUUUGAAUAAUAGUACAAAAAUAAUAAUAAUCCAAAAAUCAAUAAAGUGGUGCUAGAUCCUC